UUAAACAACAUUUUAUUUACACUACAGAAAUCAUGCGAAACCCGUGUUCUUCGCCCUCAAAUAGCAUUUGUUUCGCUUUAGUGUCCAUUUUUGUCAUAUUCAGUUGGAAUCGAACUCAAAAUGGCGGAAAGUGAGACUCAACGCAUUGAGCUGAUUAGUGAAGGAGAGACUCAACGCACUGAGCUGAUUAGUGAAAAUGAGACUCAACGCAUUGAGCUGAUUAGUGGAAUCGACGAGAUAAGGACGAUGAAUCAAGUAAUGGAGGCGCUUGACAUUUCUUCGAAAGGGUGUCGAACGAUGCAAGAUAUGAAAGAUCGAGUAAUAACUACAACAAACCAGUCCUCAAAAUUAAUCAGUUGGAGUGCAGGACAGGUAGGGAUGAUUGCUAUUAAGAGGAGAGAUGUGCAGAUUAUGCUAUUCUUCAUUAGCGUGUUAUUAAGUAACAGGCUUCUUGUAAGAUGUUAUUUCUGAGACAGGGCAUUGUGCAAGAAGUUUGUGUGAAAACUCCACAUAAGAGUCCUUUGAACGUAAUUAAACUGCGAAAUUUCAGAUUUAUAUGUUGAGGACAGCUGUAGACAGCUAUUUGAAUUACUUCAGCUGUUUCUUAUCAAACGGGCUUUCUGUCGUUUCUACAAACAUCUGGUUGACGAAGAACUAGGCAAGUGUGGCGGAAAAGUCAUAAUAGGGGUUAGAUUUUUUGAAGUUUGGCAAAAUAGAUUCUUAUAGUUUGGAGUACUUAUUGGAAGUUUAGUCUAAAUAGGUUCUUAAUUAGGUUCUUAAUUUUUAUGAAGAAGGAUACUGUUGUUGCGAUUAAAGGAAAUUGCUGUAAAUGGUAUUUGUCCUUCACAAUAGGCAUUUGUUUUUCCAAAAAUCUAACAAAACUAGGUUAACAGCUAGAAGAUAUGCUGUUUUCAACAAUGGUUGUUAACAUUAUACAUUUAUUAUAUAAUGUAAUAUUAUAAUAAAUUUGCCAUAUUAAAGCCAGACUUUUGGUCAAAAUAAUGUUUAUGAAAAUGUAGUCGGGCCGCACAUAAAAGAACCUGUUGAUUUUUCUUGGCUAAACUGGUUCUUAUAUUUUGGAGUAUUAAAAUGACAAAUUUCUGCCAGCAGGUUCUUAAAUCCUAGGUUCUCCUUCGCGGCGUUUUACUGUAUUGCGUUGUAGCUUCAAAUCGGUUUUAAAAUCUACAUUAAAAUGUAGAUUUACCUUUCUAUCAAAUGUCAGACGAAUGGCACAUCUUUUGUUCCUGGCGUAUUUCCUUGUAGCUUUUAUAUUAGGGCUAGUACCUUACUGAACAGGAUACUCACAUCUAACAAAUCAAACCCCAUUUUUCGUGAACAGUGAGCGAUCAUCUAAGUUUUCGUAGAGCUAUCCGACAGUAAUUGAAGCCGUUGUUUAUCGAUGCCUGGAGGGAAGCUGGAGGGAAGCUGGCCAUCAGGGAGCUUGUCCGUGUCGUAACAGAUGCACUGCAGCAAUAACGCAUUGCUUUCACUAAGUACUACAUUUCCAGCUGGGACGUGAAUAAGAUAGGUUAUCAAUUAGGUCCAAAAUUUCGUUUACCAUGGUGUAACAGAUCAGUGUCAUUCAUAGUCAUGCAAAUAAAGCUUAUGUUGUUGUUGCGAUAUACAUGUAUCACAUCAGCAAGUGCAAAUAGCAGCAGGGGAGUAGUUAGGAAUUUUCCAGAGGAACACACGGUUUUCCAAAUCCAUCUUACUAUCUCACUCCCAAGCCGCAUUAACCGUUUACUUAAAGAAUGAAUCAGUUCAUGGUGAAGGGUUUUAAGUUUGAUAUGUUAAUGGUCCUUAUAUUUGUAAAAUUUUAAGGUGUAAGUUUUGAGUAUCUUUGUCAUUCAUGAGGUAGGCGCCCGGGGGUAGGCGGUGCAAUCAGCAUUUUGCAAAUGCUGACAAUUCCUUGAAAAUUCCUUUAAACGUAGUGUAAUUUUUGAGUGAAACCGUCGUCCUUUUAUUGUGAGCGAAAAAGCGAAAUUAAAACGGUCUGCUUUCACUGAUCGACUUCACUGCUAGUGGGCAGUUAGUAUAAAAUGAAUUUGCGCUCUCUGAAUUUGUCGUGAGCGAGCUCCAGUCAUGUGAAAAAUUAAGCAGGUAAUAACGCGCGGUACAAGUUUCAAAAGAGAGAAAAAAAUCAUCUGGUGUGGCUUUCAGCUCAAUGUAAAAGUUGGAAUUCGGAAAUUUCAUCUCACAAUCGUGCAGGUACAAUAAAGAAACGUACCAUGAAAAAGACAGGAGCCGGCCCCACGUCAAUUUUGGGAAAAUAUCUGUCCGGAAGUCGAUUUGAGAUCUAGAGAGAUUUUCGGAACACUUUUUGUAAAAUUUCUUGCUUGCCUGCCUCUCCUAGGAUUUUCGAACAUCUAAAAAAAUGGUAUAAUUGCCUAUACUUAACGGAUUUGUACCCUAAAAAGGUCACCUGGAAUUUUCGGGAGCCCUUCUUCUGGCUGAAACUUUCUAAUAGGUCAGUUUGAUCCCCAUAAUUUUCGGAUCACUAGCCCUUCAGCUGGGAAAUCGACCCCAACAGAUGAAUUAGGGGAUAAAAAUAUGCCUAUAUAUACAGUUUAAAUACUAAAAUACGUUUAACAAUGCUAUGUUUUAAGUGGUUUUGAUCUAUAUUCCCGUUGGGUGACCCUCCGGUUAUCCGGAAUUUUAAAUCAGGAGCAGCGUUGGUGAACAGUAAAUGAUGAUGGGUCAAUUUUUUUAUUUUCAGUUCAGUUCUUAACAGACUUGACUUGUCUUCUUUCCUCAGGCCUUUUCCGUUUUGUUAGAUGCAAAAGAUGACGAUGUAAGAAAAAGAGCUGGGUUACAGAGCCUUUACACUGAAGCUGAGGGAUUGCUAAAUAAACUGGACCCCCAAAUUGUUGCCCCACUACAACAGAGUGUUCCUGAUUUUGCGCAGAAGCUGGAAAACCACAAGCUGCAACUAACACAGAGGGAGUACUUUGUGCUUGUAACAGGUAAAUCAUAGUACACUUAUAAACUAAAAGAACAUUAUUAUUCUUUCAAAACAUAUCGCCUUUUCUGAUUGGCUUAAAUCCCGAACCAAUUCUUUAUGACCGUCAAUGUGGACACAAAAAUUGAUUUUGACAGGUAGAUCGUGCAUUCACUAAUCGGAUGCGUACUUGAAACCGCAGAGAAUACACCCGGAGCAGUCAAUCGAUAAAAAUCGGUAUCGAUUUAUCAACAACGAUAAAAAUCGGCAAAUCUGAUUUGAGUGAUAUCGAUUGUAUCGAUCAAUGGGUAGAAAUCGAUGACACACUCGCUUCGUUCAUCGAUUUGUCUUGAUUUUUACCGAUUUCGUCCAUUUAUAUCGGAAGAUACAUCUGUUCAUCUGUUUAUCAAAAAAUGAAGACUGAACUCAUGCAAACAGUAAACUUAUUGACAAUUGAGUUGCAAUUGAGAGUCGAAGGAUCAGACUUUUAUCACUCUCUAAAGAAAUCUUUAAAACAAUCUUAUCUUUUCUUUAAAAUCUUCUGAUGGCUGAUAUUGGCCAGGUUUGUAGGGGCCCAUCUGCCACACUGCACACUUUCAAAAUAACGUCGGUGUACCUCCGGGUGUAGUUACAUAAAAAUCGAAAUCGAUAAAAAUCGUCAGCAAUCAAGUGAUUUUUAUCGAUUGGUAACGGAAAACAGUUAAAAUUUAUCGAGGAAAAUCUUUUAGCCUGAAUUUCUGACUGAUCCCUUCGACUCGAGGGAAUGUCUGAAAUUCAGGCUUAGGUUGUAUUUCCUGCGAUACUUGCCUGCGAGAACUGAAUGUAAGUAGACCGCAACCUCGUUCUCCUACUCGUCCUAUCCGUCCUACCCUGUCUCUUUCCGUAGGGAAGGGUAGGAGAUCACCAUGCUGGGAACGAGGUUGAGUAGACCGUAACUUUGAGUUGUUACGUACAAAAUAAAGAGUUUUAGAGAGAAACUUGUGCGUAGUUUCCACAAUUCUCAUUUUCAUGAUUGCUGAUAAGAUGUUACUCGUGGAUGUGAUUUCUAGGCGGUACCUAUGUAACUCGUGCCAAACUGAACAACAAUGGCGGACGUCCGUUAUAUCGCUACAAUCAUGGAAAAUCGAUAAUAUCGAUUUGACACAGCAAUUUAGUUUAUCGAUUUUCACCGAUUUCCUUUGUCAAUCGAUAAAAAUCACUUGAUUGCUACCGAUUUUUAUCGAUAUCGAUGUUUGCAAGAGAGAAUGAGCUCAUUCUGUCUUGAUUUUUAUCGAUUGACUAAUCCGGGAAUACGACAACCUUUUUUUCUGGUAUGGUCACGAAACCGCUGCAGUGAAAAACAGUUGUUGUUAUAGAUUUCUAUCGAUUUUCAAUCAAAAAGUGAUAUCGGCAAUUAUAGAUUGAUCGAUUGGUUUUCCGAUAUAGGUUUUUAUCGAUUGGAAUGCACUCGUCAGGCUGAUAAAGGUCUGUAGUGAGGGCCGACACUCCCCAUACGCUUAUUUAUGCGCUGGACGAGAUAAGUUUAUAAGCUCCUUUGACUCGCAGCAACUUUAUUUCCAUAACAUUCCACAACCAGAGGGUAAUUUUGAACAUUUCUGACGUCGACAAGGUUGCAGGGCUUGCAAUUUGUUUAAAUAUAUAUUUUUUGUUCUAUCCUUUUGUUUACUUCUUCAUCACCUUGCCGUAAGGAUCAGUUUGCCGUUUCAUAUUUUUCUACAAGUUUAAUUGUACUGAUCCAGGUCUGAACUGGGAGAUCCGGCACCACUCAUAGGUUUGUUGCUGUGGACUUGCUGACAUUUUAUGUAAAUAUAAAGCCCUUGAAGUACAACAUUUUGCUGCGAUUUAGUUUUAAUCGUUUUAUAGAAUAAAACUUUUUGCUAUGGUCCUGAUAUAUAAUACGUUUUUAUGAACGAUUGCACAAAAAAGUUAAAAAUAAGUGAAAUUUUAAAUUUUGCUAAUAAACGGCCCGACCACACUCCAAUUUUGACACAAUAUCCCCACCCCCUCCGCGCUCUUUUACUUGCGCCAUUUUUUGCGUGGUCUUUGACUCUCGUUCCUCGUUCUUUGCCCCUAAACCGCACUGAAACGCUUGCUACGCAGGCUACCAGGAUCCAUUUUCGUCCUCCUUUGAGAGAGGACCCUAGUUCGAUUGUUUUCUGGAGUCCCUCUAAGUGGCUUCAAUCUCAUCUUAUGUAUUGGUAACUUGUUAUCUUCACAGGAGAGACAGGUUCUGGGAAAGGUAGCUUGAUAAAUCUUAUUUUGGGAGAAGAGCUUCUUCCAUAUUCUGUUCUCAGUACAACGUCUACCAUUUGCGAGCUAAGAUUUGGGGAGGAACGUAAAAUUGUUGCCCACUAUAAAGAUAAGGAUCCUGAAACAGGCCUACCAACAAAAGUUGUCCCCUGAGGAGAGUGUCAAGGCAGAGAAUCAACAGAACAAGGCUAUCUUCAGCAGAUUGCACCUUAUGUUCAUGUAAAGAGUGAUCGCGAAAGAGGAUCAAUUUUCAAAAAGAUUGAGCUCUUUGGGCCUCACAGUCUCUUGGAGGUAGGCUUGAUAGACUUCAUACAGUUUAAAGUUGUAGUUUGUGGCCAAUUUUAUGAUAUAUCAACUCAUCAGGCGAGGUAUGGCUAUAUAAAAGGUUAUAGAAAGAAUACUAUCGAGUGUGAUUAGUAAUGGAUAUAUAACUGUACUAUUGCUUAAAUAUAUGUAUUUUUUGGUUAGUAUCGUGACUGUUACCCAGCAAUCAGCAAAAAGCAUUAUUGAUAUUAUUUCCGCUGGCUAACGACUGUUUGUUCAGUGAGCAUACAAACGUGUAAUGAGGAAACUUUUUAUAAAGCUAUUGAAAAGGACCAAUAUAAAUCAAACCUAGCUUUUCAUUUGUAUUUCAGAAAGGAAUUGUGAUAGUUGACAGCCCUGGAGUUGGCGAGUCGGAUAUUAUGGACGAGAUAGUUACGCAGUAUCUACCUCAGGCAUUCGCUUUCCUCUAUGUCAUCAACAGUGCAAACGCUUGUGGAGUUCAGAGAGACCGAGUAAGUAUCGCAAAAACGAUUUUUCACCCAUGGAAAGAAGUCACAAGUGUCAAUUUAAGGAGCAUAUUGUUUUAGAGGUUACGAGAAAAGAAAACCUGCAACCUGUCAUACCACAGAGAACAACGCUACCGAAAUGUCAGUAAAAUGGGCUAGGUGACAUUUUUAUUGUUGCAGCGAAUUACUUGCAUAGGGGCCAUUCGUAGCAGCCAAAAAAGCCAAUUAAAUUUUAAUCAUUAGUUUAUCAUUUUGCCUGAUUUCAUAUUGAAUGUUUGCCUAUUACUAUGGUACCCUGUAAAGUUUGAUUUAGUGCAUGUACUAUUAAUUUUUACUGACUUUAAAAUUUCUCCUCGUAUUCCACCCGUAAGUUGCAUUUAUAUAGUUAAAUUAUCUUUCAUCCUAUCUGGACGACUUUGGUAGAAUCCCCCUUUAAGAGCUCCGCAUAGAUUCAAUGAUCAUGCACAAUAUGUCUAUUUCAUUACUCUUUCAGCUUGAAAGAUUACUAGAGAAAGUCAGAAAAGUGACUCUUGAAAGACAGGGAGCAUUUCCUACCAAAUCUGCCCUUUUUGUGUGCAACAAGUGGGACCAAGUCCCAGAGAUGGAACGGAACGAGGUGAAGAAUCACGUGAUCAAAAAAUUGCAAAGAUGUUGGCCUGGGGUUGAUCCCGAGUCACAGAUCAUAUAUAUGUCAACUAAAAAUGCCAGUCAAGCCCAAGACUACAAGAUUGUUACCGAGGAAUUUUCCACUUUGAUGAACAGCUUGAGGCGCAUGGUGUUAAAGAGUAUUGGAGACAUGUUGGAAAUUCAUUGGAAGUAAGCAUCAAGCAUCAUGUACAUGUUUUAUAGGAGCGAUUUUAACAGUUUUAAGGAAAAACAUCAUAUCCUGGGGAAUAAACUUACUUCGUAAAAUGCAGACCAGUGUGUUGUUUAAUUUUCGUUUUUUCCAGGGAGUUUGUCAAACUGACUUCAACUCCAAGUAUAUCCCUACUAACUAAAUGGGAUUUAUACCCGGGGAGACAUUUGAGGGAAGCUUGGGUAGAGUUGUACCGCCGAGGCCUUCAAACCCUGACCCUGUUUAUUAAUCAAAAAAUUUUUCAUUUUGCUACCCUGUAAAGACAAGGGACCUUUUUUACCUCGACCUUGAAAACCAUACCUUGUUCAGUGGCGCAUACUCGUUUAGGCCAAAAAGGGCAGUGCCCCCUGGGACUCACGCAACCAGGGAAUACACCCCUGAAAAAGAUUAGCUUAAAGAUUAUUCAGUUUAGUCUGUCACAGGUCGUCAGAUGAAAAUGUCAGUGUCUUGUUGUUCUUUUAUCAUUUCAUAGUUGGUUGGAUAACCUUCUCUCACGAACAAUCUAUCACGCGAAAGCCUUCGUGAUGAAUGCCUAUAGAGAUCGCGACAAAGUAAUCCUGAGAACAGAGAAGAUUGCUGACCGUAUCAAGGAGAUUGAAAAGGAACAAAGCAAAGUAAUUGCAGACCUUAAUGUCUACCAGAAGAAACGAGUGAAUGGUGCUUUGGGGGAGCUAUCCGGGUACCUCUCGUCGGAAGUUGUGAAAGCCAGCUUCACUUCAUGGACAAAGGACGAAGUGCCAGCCCCAGAAAACUCCUGGGAGGUAACAGAAAACCAAAUCGCAAAAGUUCUCUCCAAGCGGCUACGUGAUCUCAUAGAGCAAUGGGAAGAGGACAAGCAAGUGUUUGCAGGUGCUCGCGCGUCAAUCGAGCAACACUUUCAGGAGCGUUACAAUUUCAUGGAAGGUCAGCUGAGGGAUCUUCAGAACGCCAUCACUGUUGACAUAACAGAUGUUUCAGCGGAUCAGCUUCAGCUUUCUCAAGCAAAUUUCUCCUUGGCUAAAAAAGUCGUCAUUGGUGUCACAAGUCCAAUCUGGGUUCCACUUGGUUUAGUUGCUUUGGUGAUCGGCGUUCCUAUUUAUGGUAUCGUGGCUAUGAGAAGCAAGUUGGAGGAUAGAAAGAAAAUGAAGAAUUACGAAGAGGACAAAUGUGCCUUUAUGAGAGAAGCGUCGGCAGUGUAUCUUGAAAAUGUGAUAGAAGAUAAAUGGCUAAGGCCUUUCGUGAAGGAACAAAUGAAAGAAGCCAAAAUCUUCCUCAAGCAGAUUGAAGCCCGUCUACCAGAAUUGAUUGAAGCAGACAAGAUGUUAUGCAAACAACUUUGUGACGAAACGCGUACACAGAGAGAGAUAACUGAACGUUACCGGCCCAUAAUGGAUGAAGGUUCUCAUCUCAGAGGACGCUUAGCAGAAUUUGGGUUCAAAGAGGUUCGAGCCACUGAUAUCAGUGCUGAUAAUCUAGAAUGGAAAGAGGAUAUUCCUUCCGCAGUGGGAUGCGGUGCAUUUGGUGUUGUGUACCAGGCAAAGAUGAAAAGAAAUAAGGCCUACAUCACCGUGGCUUUGAAGGUGUACCAAAGCGUGCUUGACGCUCAAAAUGCAAACCAUUUUAUGGCUGAAGUACAAAUUUUAAGGUAAGAAUAUAGUCACUAGCCUUUGACUCUGGAGAUUAUACCCUCACAGGUUGCUGAAACGUCAGUCAUUGUCAACAACAGUUCUAUUCAGGACUACGCUCAUCGGGACGAUCAUGAAUUAUUCCACCUACGUAUGAAAAGAUUCCUGGGUUCAAACCUUUCACAGUUGUAGAUAUGAGUCAUGCACAUAAAUUUUCCGUAGAACUGUCAUUCAAAAGCUACUUCUUUUUAUUUUUAUGAUAUCAUUGCUGAUUAUUGAUGUGAAACGUUUCAGAGGCUUUGCCCAGCUCAGUUGCUUUUUUCUUAGGUAAAUUAGGCCUGGGCCUAGAUCUAUUUUAUAAAAAAGUAAAGAGAGUGGCCUAAAACUUGAUCCAUUUUAUAUACCGUAAAAUUCCGAAAAUUAGCCCCUCCAUGUAUAAGCCCCUCCAAAAAUAAGCCCCCCCAAAUCGUAACGCAAAAAAUCCUCCGUUAAGUCGCCCCUCCGAAUAUAAGCCCCCCGGGGGCUUGUACUUGGAAUUUGCCCUCGAAUACAAAGUAAAACAAAGCAAAAAUGGUAAAUUUCCUUCCCACUACAAGUUAAGCUAGCCCAAUCGAUUUUAAAACGCAAAUUUCCUUCCGUACAUAAGCCUCUCCAAAAAAAAGCCCCUCAAAAAGGGCCUUUGAAAAAUAUAAGCCCCGGGACUUGUUUUCGGAAUUUUACGGUAACAUUGAAAAACUUUAAAUCCUGUUUUGGAUCAUAUAUUGUCACGUGACGUGUGAAAGUUAUUUGUUACUCAAAAAUCUUCCCAGCUAAUCGGCAACAAUUUUUAUUAUUGUCUGGUGGCUGCGUUUAGGUUUAUGAUAUUGACACUAUUAGGUACAUCAUUUGUGCUUGGACAUCUUGAGAUAAUUUAGAAUAAAAGUCCGGAAAAAGAAUUCUUUUUCAUUGGGGGACUGGGCACUAAAACAAAAUGCCGUAUAUUUUCAAAACCAAUGACAUAUCUAAUAAAGGCCAAGCACAGUUCGUUUCCUUUUACCAUUUUAAUGCAUCUAAUUGUAACAAACUUAAAGGGCUGAAAGCAUAAACUGUUGCAGUUUUUGCUUUUGAAUUGUUUGUCCGUACCAAGUCACGUGACCUUAUUUGCAUAGGAGAUCAAGGGAUGGCGCAGUGGUGAGAGCGCUCGCCUCCCACCAAUGUGGCCCGGGUUCAAAUCCCGGCGUCGACGCCGUAUGUGGGUUGAGUUUGUUGUUUGUUCUCUCCUUUGCUACGAGAGGUUUUUCUCUGGGUACUCCGGUUUUCCCCUCUCCCCAAAAAGCAACAUUUCCAAAUUCCAAUUCGAUCAGGAAUCAGUUAGACGAAGAAGCACUUUGUGGAUGUGCUACCUCCAAAUCAUUAUUUAUUGUUAUUUAUUUAUACAUAUCUUCCACAUCAAUAUAACCAGAUUUGUGACCUUAUUAGUCUGCCAAAGUUUUAGGUUGCUAUGAACAAUCUUUCAGAAGUCAGACCACUCCCUUACUUUUUCGUGCAAUAACUUGGAAUGAACAACCUCGUUCCCUGGUUCUCACUCCUACCCGAGAGAACCCUGGAAAAGAGGUUGUAACUGGAAUGAAUGGACCCUUCCACGGUUUUUUCAAACUUUUGACAUGGACUAGUUAGGGCAGAUCUGUCGACACCGCUAGAAAGUUUGCCUAACCAUUAGUAAAAUUGUCAAAUUUGAAAGUGAUGCCACUUAACGAGCGAAGGUAUAGCCCCCUCAAAGUUGCGAAAAUUUACAGACGAUUGUAUGGUGUGCCCCACCAUAAAAAUGUCUGUAAAAUUUAAUUAUUUGCCUUAUCAGCUAAGAAUUCGAGAAAAAAUAAGGCCAAUUCAUAUGAUUCAUUUAUUCUUUUUACUUUAUUGUAGGAAAUUGAGGCACCCGCACAUUGUAAAGUUUUAUGGCACCUCUCUGCUGUGGGAGGAAAAUUCCGUGAGAAUUAUUCUGGUUUUAGAAUGGUGUAAGGACGACCUAAGGAGUCACAUCUCUAAAAAGGAGGAGUUAAUUCCAGGAAAAUCAAGGAGUGAUGACGCCAUUCGAAACGUCUAUCAAUGGGUCAAUGAAAUCAUUGAUGCCCUGGCAUACAUUCAUGAACAAGGGAUUGUCCACAGAACCUUAAGCUAGAUAACAUCUUGGUAAGUGAGUAUACGUAAGAGCCCUUUUAAUGUGCCAAAUUGUAUUUAGUUUUCACAACUAAUUGCGGACACUGCAAAAAAAUUAAAAUUAUUUAUAAUGAGAAAGAAAGAAUGUAUCAUCAAUUGCCUGAUGAUUGCUUCGCGAGAUGCAUGAAACUCUGAGUAGCAAUAAAUGCUCAAGACUUAAUCUAGUUCCAUCAGUCUACCUACAAUCAAAACAUGUGGGAUUUAUAAAUUUUACAAUAAAACAACAGGUGUAUAAAAGGUUGUCUCUGAGAAUUGCAAAGGUUACAGCAGUUAUUGUUGUUGUUUUACUGUGAAAUUAGGUCUUUUUUCCUAAUGGUAAGAUGCAAAAUUGCGUUUUUUCGUUCGUUCUUUGUUCAAAAGUAGUGUACGGGGCGAUCCUUACGUGUCGCUCAUCGAGUAGUUAUAAGUGUAUGACAGCAAAUUACGUUUUAAGUUUAGGUUACCAGCACUGGGUUGAAACUUCCUUAUCAAGUCAGUAGUACACGUUAAAAACCCUUUAUAUAAGUAGAUAUCGGCAUAUUUGUGUUUAUACCGUGUCUGAAGAAAAGAAAAGAAACAAACACGCCAGCUUUUACUGUGAUAAAAAGUCUGUCAAAUAGAUCAUUUUUUAAAGAAAAAAAUGCAUCUACCUAUGCUGGGGAAUAAAUACAGGGGUAUAAACUCAGUUGAAGGACGUUUUUGACCUCAUCUACUCCGAAGGUAGCAUCCUUUUUCUUUGGGUUUAGAUAUGCAGCUCCUCCACUUACUUAAACGUCUGAAUCCGCCAUUUAUACACCUAGGGUUUGAAUAGAUAAAUAAAUGAAUGAACAUCGCUUAUUCCACUCUCUUGCAGAUGACUGAAUUAACAAGAGGUUAUAACUAACAACAAUGCUACAUUAAAGCUAUAUAUCAAUUAUACUCCUUGAAAUACUAGUUGAAAUGAUAUUCAUGGCGGAUACUUAAAUGACGAAUAUCUUUAAAUAUUUAAACAAGUAAAACAGUUCUCUGAACUCUUAGUUCUCAUGAACUUUUUGAGUGGUCGAGAGGAACCAGGUCUAAGGUUAUAAGGAUUAGUUCUUUGUACUACAGUGGACACCAAGCACAAUAAUGGGUGGUCACGGGUGUCUGCCAUCUCAGUCAUAAAUUUAUGACCUAGCUGGGAGCUCGCGUCUGUUGCAAAGUCGUUGGCUAGUGACAGUGCUUGACUGUACGAACUGUUAGGAUAUAUGAUUUUAAGUGCCUUUUUUUUGCAUGGACUCUAUUCUAUCUGACAGAUAGUCAGGAAUGUCUUGCCACACCUGCAUAGCAUAUUCUAAAAUCGGUCUAACACUUCUUCUAACACUUCACUCGCCAGUUCGUAAAGGGCGUAAAGUUUCUUUUAUGCCUCAGCGGUAAUAUAGUCAAAAUGGGUCAGUAAUACAGUUUAAACCUGUUGUCUACUAUUAAUCCAUUUAAUGCAUAUAAGACAACCUGUGACUGUUGAAAAGACACCAGAGAAAAUUCCAAAAUUAGUCCACAACGUUCUCCAUUUUCGAGAAGAAAUAAAACAGUUUUUCGUAUCUUCUAAAUUCUUAAACGUUUUAGCCUGGGAAAAAAGGAGGUUGAGGAAUUCAACGAAAGCAUAGGGUAUGUAAUUUCCUCGGGCCUAGCCAUCUUUAAAAGGUAAAACGGUAUCAGUAGUGAAAAGCAAGUAAUCCUACUUUUUAAGUUAGAUUUCUUUUUCUUUGAAGCUGUCAGAGGAAAACUCAGUGAAAGUUACGGACGUUGGAAUAUCAAAAGCAGCAGUAGACAUUACUGGUACCCUUGCUGGAAGCCCUGCCUACAUUGCACCAGAAGUGAUCAAAUCCCAGGUGUAUAACAGCAAAGCAGAUAUCUACAGUCUUGGGAUAUUGUUGUGGGAGAUAUGGUACGGAGAACAAGCCUUCGCCGGAACCGAAUUAGCAUUAGAUGCUUUCUUUAAGAUGGUAGAUGAUGGUGGUCGUCCCAAACCUUUGGAAUGUUGUCAAAAACCUGCCUCUCGCUGGGAAGAGCUAAUGGAGAAGUGUUGGAAUGAGGAUCCUGAGAAACGCCCCUCAGCUAAAGAAUACUUGAAAAGUAUUUCAGCCAUUUUCAAAAACGAAUAAAAACACAAGGACGUCUUAGCAGCAUCAACUGACGUAAAGUGGUGCAUAGUAUUAGCCUGAGUCAAUGAAGUAUAUUAUUAAGUACUACUAUGACAAUGGAAACUACAGUAAAAACUCUCAAGUUUUUCCAAGAUAGCACAAACACGUUCUGACAUAUUCAAAUGAUAAUUAGCACAAGUUUAGGCUUGAAUAGAAUUUGGUGUGAUUCAGUCUCUUUCUUAUACAAAACAAGUGUUUAUGAACCCCGGAUCAAAUAAGUUUUGAAUUCCUCCUUCAGAACAUAAGAUAUUUUAUUCUCAACAUUGGCAUUUACAAGGUAGAGAAGAGGACAUUAAAAUGUUGAUUUAUCUUAUUUCUCCACGUGUACGCACCGUUCAGGGGCACCCAACGACAAUUUUCGGAAAAUUAUCUGUUCGGAAGACGAUUUGAGAUCUAGAAUUUUCGGAUCAUUUUCUGUAAAAUUUCUUGCUUGCCUACCUCUCCUAGGAUUUUCGAACAUCAAAAAAGGUCACCUAGAAUUUUCGGGAGCCUUUUUUCUGGCUGAAAUUUUCGAAAAGGUAAAUUUUGAUUCCUAUAAUUUUCGGAUCACUAUACUUUCAGCUAGGAAAUCCGAACAGAUGAAAAAUUUUUAGGGGAUAAAAAUAAGCCUUUAUCUACCGUUUAAAUACUAAGGUACGUUCAACAAUGCUAUAUUCUCGUUGGGUGCCCCUGACCAUUUUAGUCGAUUUUAGAAAAUAGAAACUGCUAUAAAUUCAGACUAAACAGGUUUCUUUAUAGAAAG